AUGUUGCAAUUGUCAUAUUCUUGCUUCUUUCUCAAGUUUCCUAUGCAUCCUGGUGGGAACGAUAUGUAUCCUGUCAAUAGCAGUGCUGGGCCACCUGUGCCUUCACAAAGCAGUUGGGCCCCUACUGCAAGUUCAACAGGUGCAGUUCAGCAACGAUCAGCUCCCGCAACCUCCUUGUCACAUUCGUCCACACAGCCUUCUCUUUUAAUGAGGACCCGAAUAUCUCCUUCGAGUAUCGCAAUUGUUAGCGGGUCCUCUAAUCAGGAAUCGCAACAACUAGUAUCUCCCGAGCAAGUUCGAGAGUGCUACGUUGCUCUUCUUGGAAUGGCUGAAUACUUUCGGAAAUCGAGUCCGCCAAGCAUUCGACUGGCUAUACACUGCCUUAAGGCAGCACUUUGUUACAAAUUACCCGUUAACUAUGAAGCUCGUACCCAUUUACAACUGGGCAAAUUACUAUUUAUGUACAGCAAAAACGAUGACUUAAUUAAGCAGCAUCUGGAGAAGGCUCGAGUUCUGGGUGCUCAUUUGCGUGCCCCCGAUGAUCUGAUUAAAUUUGAGGCAGCUGAUCUACUAGCUGAUUUCUUUGAAAGGAAAGGCAAACGAUAUGAUGCUACAUGCAUUCUGAAUGACACGAUGCGUUUCUCUCCCGAUAAUCCCUAUUGGCAUUGUCGGUUGCUGCUAAAACGAGCUCAAGCUUGUGUCGCCGAUAAGGACAUCAAUUCGGCUUGUGAGUUAUUGGCCAGUGGUUCAGAGUUUGCACAGAGCCGUAAAUCAGAAUAUACUCGUGGAUUAUUCCUUCUCAGCAAAUGUAUGCUUCUGCUUGCGAGCAGGCAGCUUCCAGAGGUGACGAACACCCUAACCGUGGCCAACCGAUUGAUUGAAAAUCUGAAUGGAACCGUUUAUCAGCGCGAAGCACUGCGGCUGUUCUACCUUAUCAUCUACGUCUCCCUUUUCCUAUUGGCCGGACGUGCUAAGUCAGCUCACCCCAUCCUCCGACAAUUGCAACAAAGCAUUAGGCUCUUUGCAUCGAUGGAGGAAAUGAAUGUUGCAUCGACCCAAGAGGUAGAUCGUUUCCAAUGGAUGCCACGGGAGUACAUAAUCAUCCUCAUCUACCUUAUCACUGUGAUGCUGAACAUGCAGUCGGGUUCGCUGCAGCGCGCUCAGCAUGCAGCUGACAAGGCCUUCAUGCGGAUCGAGAAUCUCUCUGACUUCGACACCAACCCUCUCCUAACUGUUUUCAAGUUAAGUCUCCUCGAGCACACCAUCAUGUGCCGGCUGGUGAUGGGCGACAAGACCAAGGCCGUGGAGGGCGUGGGUCUCGCCUGUAAGCUGUGCUACGCCACGCCCGCUCUCAUGCAUCGUCGGCGCCCUCAACUGCACACGCUCAUUGGACUCUAUGCAAUGUCUAUGAACUGCAUGAAUCAGGCAGAGGAACAAUUCAAGCUUGCGCUUCGGUACAUAGCCGCCUCACAGGCAGGCCUUAGUGCGCGCGUGCCAGGAACAGGUCCAGCGUCGACUUCAUCCACCUCAACGAGCCUGACCCAUCCCUCCACAGUCGGGGUGGGUGAGUCAAGGUCCACAGAGAGCGUAGUAGCUGGCGGAGUAGGUACAGGUAGUGUCAGCGGUGAAGGCGAGGGUGGCAGCGCGGCAGCCACCGACUUCGCCUCCACGCUGUCCGGCGGACCCCGCGACUCUCUUUCCGUACUCAUCUGCCUCAACCUUGCCCUAGUCUACAUUCGCAAGGGGGAUAUCAAGGCCUGUGAGAUGAUCGUAAAAGAGGUCUUCACAUCGGGUCUACAAGUGUUGGAGGGAUGCUACUGUCUGCGAGCAGCCGCAGACUACGUGAGAGGGUUCCAAGCCUUCAUUGAGGGUCAUCUGCAAGAUGCAAAGGCCAACCUUCGUGAAACCGUUCGUCUGAGUCAUGAGGAGGAGCUCAAUCGCCUCUCUACCUCCGCUUACAUAACCCUUGGCCAGAUUAAUCUCAAUGAACGAAACAUCCGUGACGCUCACGACCUAAUAACCAAGGCUAUCAUUGUUGCCAAAAAGCUUCCAGACAUAGGCAUUCAACUAUGGGCUACCGCCCUUUUGAAGGAUCUUGCGAAUAUUCGAGGAGUAGCCGAUGAGGAGCGUCACUGGUUUGCUGAGCAUGACCAGUUCUCCAAAAUGGUAAUCAACGACCAUAUGCAAGCUAACUGCUCGCCUGAACACAGUCUUAUCAACUGGUUUGAUGGACCGCUGCCUAGCUGGCUAACCGAACAGCCAACAUCAACAACAGCCCUGUAA